UGAAAUGACUCAUGUAUUAACAAAAAAUUAUAUUGUUUAUUAACAAAAGCAGUGUCUAGAACAUUAAAAGUAAUUUGGCUGUGGUUAAAGAGAACUUUACCGGAAAUGAUAACCGGCUUUUAUAAAUCCAUUCGGAAACUUUUCCCGCCAAAUUCCAAAUCGACCCCUUGCUUCUAAAAUUUUUUGUUUUAGGCAAGGAUUUGUAUAGUAGUUAGACAAAUCCUUGUUUUAGGAAAACUUUGCAAAUAAAUGUUUAGAAAUGACAUGAAUAGAAAGUUACUUAAGACCCAUGAUACAUCUGAAGAGAGACAAAAAACGCCAGAACGUUUGUUGUCACAGUGCAUACACUAUGUAGCAGAAAAUCUGUGCUAUGUUGACUCUUUUUAUGGAUUGCCAGAUUUAAUAGCAGAACAGAUCUUCAGAAAAGCAGAAUCCUUAGACAAGUUUGAUUUAGAUGAUAACUACAGCUUUCAUGCACUUUCAGUAUUUACCACUGUAUAUGAGGACCUUGUUAUAUCAAGUUUGAAUCUCAGUAACCAAUAUCUUGGAGUUAAUUUCUGUCAGGAUCGUUUAAAUUUGUUGUCAUCCCUUAGAGAAAUAGAUUUGACUGGUUGUAGAUUAGGAGAUGAACAUGAUUUCUUAAAUGAUUUGGGACAACUUCGGAGGUUAGAGGUCCUGUGUUUGAGAGACAACAGUUUAUCAGAUAAAGGGAUCCAGAGAUUAACUUGUCCUUACAGAGUGUGUGGUCAGGGACCAGCAAGAUUGACUAAGCUGGAUGUAUCUGAUAACUGGGAGGUUACAGGAAAAUGUUACAAGUACCUUAAUCCAUUUUCCAAAUUGACAGUAAUUGAUGUCACUGCAACACAGGUGAAAGGGAAUCCAGAGCUUCUAAAAACCUGGAAAUUUAAGCCAGUAAAGGAUGAUGGUACCUUGAAGACUAUAACCAAUAAAGGUUGGGCUUCAGAUAUUGUUCAAAAAUGGAUGAAAACAGCAGUUUUAAAGGCAACUUGUGUAAAAGUAAAGAAGGAACUAACAAGGACACAGCAAUUCUAUUCAAAGAAGAGAAAAAGAAAUACUGAUGAUAAAUUGAUUGAUACUGAGUCAAAAGAUAUCAGAAAGGAAUCUGGAUACAGACUGCAUCUGGUCAGACUAGAAAUAACUUGUAAAACAGUACCUCUUGACAGUAAACAAACCGAUUGUAGUGAUGUUGAUAAACAUUCCGAACAUAGAUUAAAAAAGCAAAAUCAGUCAAAUAAUAACAGUGAUGAUAUUAACAAUUCAGACACUGAUUUGCUCAGUAUGUAUGGAAACCCAGCUCAUGCAAUGAAAAAUGAACAAAAGAUGACUCUGCAGUCUGCCCUGAAAUCUGGGGCUUGGUAAAACACAACAAAUGUAAAAUGAAUUGCAAUAGAACUGAGUGGAAACAUAUUUUGAAAAAUUAUUUAAUAAAUAGAUAUAUUUAUAUGUUUUAUUCUUGUAAUGUUAUAACUAGGAAAUUGAUGAUCAAGAUAUUAAGAUUAUUUUA